AUGAAACUCAUCAAAAAUAUUCCCAAAAAGCUCUUCAGGAGAAAGAAAUCUCGCUCCAUUCCUGGAUCCGAAUUCGACCCAGCUUUCUUCAGUUCCACGGAUGAUUCUCAAACCAGGUUCAGAAAUCCCACAAGCGGAUCAGCCACGCCCACCAGCGUUUUACCUGCCGAUGAAUUGUCGGACUUUGAGUUAAAACAAGCGUUUAAAAUGAUAGACAGGGACGGUGACGGAAAGAUAACGGAGGAGGAGCUGGAGGCGUUAUUGAUCCGGGUUGGAGCCGAGCCUCCGAGUCAGGAGGAGCUUAGACUGAUGUUGAGCGAUGUGGAUGUAGAUGGUGAUGGGUGUAUUAGUUUGGAAGAGUUUUACGCGAUCGGCUCGGCUUUUGGGCCUCCGGCUUGCGACGACGAGCUGAAGGAAACGUUCGACUACUUUGACUCCAAUCGUGACGGAAAGAUAACAGCGGAGGAGCUUUAUAACGUCUUUAGAACAAUUGGUGACGGAAGGUGCACGUUAGAUGACUGCCGGCGCAUGAUAAAAGGUGUUGAUAAAAAUAGAGAUGGUUUCGUCUGCUUCGAGGACUUCACUCGUAUGAUGGAGCUUCAACUAUAA